AUGAGAGAAUUUCAUACAAAUCUUAGGAUGGAGGAAAAGCCAACAAACGAGAGAAGUGAAACACAACCACCUCAAAUAGAAGAGCUACAAAAAAAAGUCGAAGAACUUCAAAAAGAAUUAAAUUCAGUAAAUGAAGAAAAUGAUUUGUUGAGGGAAGAAGUCCAAAACUGCUACAAUGCUGAAGAUAAAAGUUUUGAAGUUGAGAAUUAUCAGAAACAAGUUGAAGAGUUAACAACAUUAAAUGAAACAAUAAUAAGAGAAAAAGAAGAAAUUGAACAAAAAUUAAAAGAAUUAAAGGAAGAGAAGCAUAAUGGAAUUGAAAAUGAAGAGAAAAUUAAAGAUGAACUUAUGAAUGUAAAAAAAGAAAGAGAUGAUAAAAACUAUGAAUUAUCCAUUGCCAAAGAAAAUUAUGAGAAAUUGAAAAAUGAAAAAGAAAGAAUGAAUAACAAAAUAGGAGAAUUAAACAAAAAUAUUGAAUCACUUAACACAACGAUUAAUGAAAAGGAUAGUGUCAUUAAACGAUUAAAUGGAAUUGUUUCAGAAAAGGAAACUUUGAUAGGAACAAAUAUUAAAGGACUUGAAAAAUCAGAAGAAGAACUUAAUAAAAUUCUUUCACAGAGUUUUGUUAUAGUUGCUGAAAUUCAAAAAGAAAAAACUAAUAGAGAACAAUUACUUGAUGGAUUACUUAGAGAAAUGAUGAGAACAGAAUUGGAGACAAAACUACGCCAAGCAAAUUAUGAAAAGAAAAUAAAAGAAGUUAUGGAGUUAAAUCAAGAAAUUAAUCAAAUGAAGGUUUUAAUUAUUAAUUCUAUUCAGAAGGCUAAAGAAGAAAUAAUGAAAAAAGAUAAUGAAAUUAAAAAUCUUCAUGAAGAAUUAGAAAAUGAAAAAAAGAAUAACCAAAAAGACAGAAUAAAUGAAGAACAAAUUAAGGAAUUGAAUGAAAUUAAAGAAAUGAAUCAGAAAGUUAUUACAGAAAAUGAAGAAUUAAAAAAGAUUCUUGAAGAAUUAAAAAUAAAAGAAGGAGCAUUACAAAAGGAAAUUGGAGAAAAUAAAGAAAAAGGUCAAAAAUUACAAGAUGAAAAAGAAGAAUUUAGAAAAGCCAAUGAAGAAAUGAAAAUAACCACUCAAGAAUUAAAACAACAAUUAAGUCAAGUUAAAACAACAAACGAAGAAGAACAAAAAAAGAAACAAGAAGAAAUAAAUAAUUUGCAACAAAAAAUAAAUGUUCUUUCACUUGAAAAUAACCAACUCAACUCACAAAUAAAAACUAAUCAACAACAAAGAAAAAGUAUUCCUUCAAUAGAUUCUUCAACAACCAUUUUUGAAAUGAAAACAAGGAUAGAAGAUCUUGACAAUAAUGUAGUUAAUCUAAGUAAGUUACUAAAUGAGGAAAAGAUAAAAAAUAAAGCACUUCAAGAAGAAUUAACUUCUAAAAUCAAACGAUUAAAUGAAAAUGAAAAGAGUUUAUUAACAACUGAAACACGUAAGUUGUUAUUUAAUUAUGUUGCACUUGGAGUCAAAUUAAUGAAUGCAUCUAAUUCUAAUAAAAAUACAAAUUUAACAGAUUUUUAUGUUGAUAUGGAAGCAGAAGGCAUUCCAAUUUGUGAAUGGCCUAUGUGGAUUAAUUCACAGAUUGAACAUACAGAAAUACGACCUCUUCAUUAG